AUGGCCCCCUCGAGGCCGAUAGUCCUUCGUUUCGAGAGCCGUAAUGGCCAGUUCAGGUUAACGGUCAACCCAUCAGAGCUGUUUACCGAGCUUAGUGCAAAGAUCGCCGAGCAUCUUCCCGAAAACACAGACCCCAACUCGAUCGUUUUAUCGAAUAAACCCAUCGGUGUCGGUGGUCAGGAGCGCUUAUUAAGUAGUCUGGAUGGCGUCUCAAUAGAGAGAGUUGGGUUGUCUCACGGAGACAAACUAUUUCUAGGAUAUCAGGAGAAGUCUGCACUUUCGAACGGUGCAGCACGCGCACGACCUCCUGCUGGAGUCACGACCGAAUCGCGACGCCUCAACGGAGCUGCCGUACCUCAACAACCUACAAUUUCUCUACCCCCACGACCGACCUCGCCAUCUGCCAUUAUUCAGAAUCCAUGGGAAGUCGUCGAGCAGUCCGCCCUUGACAACGCUUUGGAUAAGAAAGAUGGAAAAAUUCCACGACCUCGAGAUAUCAAGAUGUGCAGACAUGGACCCAAGGGUAUGUGCGACUACUGCAUGCCGCUGGAACCCUAUGCUCCGGAAUAUCUGGCCGAGAAGAAGAUCAAACACCUCUCCUUUCACUCGUAUCUGCGGAAGAUCAACUCAUCGACGAAUAAACCGGAAUUGAAGAGCUCGUACAUGCCGCCGCUGAGUGAACCAUAUUAUCGUGUCAAGAAAGACUGCCCAUCUGGACAUCCACAGUGGCCCGAGGGUAUAUGUACGAAAUGUCAGCCAAGUGCCAUCACCUUGAAACCGCAGGAAUUUCGCAUGGUAGAUCACGUGGAAUUUUCGUCACCGAGUUUGAUCAACGGACUACUAGACUUUUGGCGCAAAUCUGGUGCCCAGCGACUGGGUUAUUUAUACGGCACCUACGAGGAAUACACAGAAGUCCCUUUGGGUAUCAAAGCAGUCGUGCAGGCGAUCUACGAGCCUCCGCAAGUGGAUGAGGUCGACGGUAUUACACUUAAUGAAUGGACAAAUGAAGCAGAAAUAGACGAGGUUGCUCGGCUGUGUGGAUUACAGAGAGUCGGCGUGAUUUUUACUGACCUACUGGAUACUGGAAAAGGGGAUGGGUCGGUUAUCUGCAAACGCCACGUUGAUUCAUACUAUCUAUCAUCACUGGAAAUAGUGUUUGCUUCACGACAACAGGCCCAGCAUCCGAAGGCGACAAAAUGGAGUGAGACAGGACGCUUCGGGUCAAACUUUGUCACCUGUGUUUUGAGCGGUGACGAGAACGGAGCCAUCGCUGUCAGUUCAUACCAAGCAUCAAACUCUGCCGUGGAGAUGGUAAGAGCGGACAUCAUUGAAGCCUCGGCCGAUCCGUCCGUCAUGCUUGUCCAGUCCGAGGAAGAUGACGAUCUAGGUAGCAAGCUACGAUAUAUCCCCGAAGUCUUUUACCGCAGAAUCAAUGAGUAUGGCGCCAACGUUCAGGAGAACGCGAAACCCAGUUUUCCUGUGGAAUAUCUUUUGGUUACACUGACACACGGAUUUCCCACGGAAGAGUCUCCUACCUUUGUGGACAGUACAUUCCCAAUAGAGAACCGAGAAGUUAUUGGCGAGAGCCAGGAACUACGAACAUUGGCGCGACAGUUGGUGGCCCACGGUGACCCGAACAAGGCCAUUCGCGCAGUGUCCGACUUUCAUCUUCUUGCUUUCCUUCGAGGAUUGGGAACGUUCAACGCGGAAGAGGAAAAACUUCUUUACCGCGUGGCUACCACUCAUGACCCUGCGGAAGGCAUGCAACUCGUGAACACUAGUGGAUGGGCAACCCUUGUCGCAAUUCUUCAGGAGAGUGCCAACUGGUACGACCACUCGCGUGAUCUCCUCCACAUGAUCAACCAUUUUCGCGACGAGAUGCCUCGUCCCUUAAUCGGGGUGGCACAUAGCAUGGGUUGCGCCCAACUCGUAAACCUGUCGAUAAUCCAUCCGCGCCUCCUCUCAACGCUUAUCCUCUUCGAACCCGUGAUCCUCGAGGCCUCCUUUGGGGGCCCCAACCCGGGAUUCCACUCCAGUCUCCGCCGGGACAUCUGGCCCAGUGCGGAUCAGGCCAAACAGUCUUUAUCGAAAGGGUUGAAGAGAUGGGACCCUCGAGCACGCGAAAGAUACCUCAAAUAUGCGCUUCGCAACGUCCCGACUGCUCUUUACCAUCCUUCAGAUCCCAAUGUCGGCCCGCAAGCCGUGACAUUAACGACGACAAAACAUCAGGAGGCAUGGAGUUAUUUUACACCGAAUCUUGAACCGGAACACAUGGACCGGUUAUUGCUACCGGAUUGGGAUGUUGAGAAGGAACGACCGUAUCUCUUCUCUCGACCAGAGUGCUGGUCGGCGAUGAGAAAUUUGCCAUUCCUGCGGCCAAGUCUGCUAUGGGUUUUUGGUGGGAAGAGUUUUCUUUCUUUGCCCGAGGCUCAAGAGGCGAAGAUGCGUGUUACGGGGACCGGGGUGGGCGGCAGUGGAGGGGCUUAG